AUGCCUUCCAAGGACUUUACGGUUCUGAUCGCCGGCGGCGGGAUAGCUGGCUUGACGCUGGCGAACCUGCUCGAGCGCGUGGGGAUCAACUAUCUCAUUCUCGAGGGGUAUCGAGAGAUGGCCCCCCAGGUGGGCGCAAGUAUCGGCAUUUUGCCCAAUGGUUCUCGUGUUCUCGACCAGAUUGGACUCUACGAUGAGAUCAGGAAACUCAUCGAUGAGCCUCUUUACAAGAUGUCUCUUCGCGACUCCAAGGGCAACCCGACGAGUGAGUAA